GCCUCGGGUUUCCGGAGGGGCCGAGGGCGGGCGGGGGCGUCACGUGCGCGCGGCCCGGGGGCCGGUUGGUCCGCAGGCAGGGGAGGGGCCGCGCGCUACGCGGUCUGGGGCUGGGUCGGGCCGGGGUCGGCGGGACGGGAGAGCCUGGAGGACGGCGACCCGGAGGGAAGAGCCGGGAGCGGCAGUGCCCGGCGGCGGCGGCGGGCGGGCGGCGUGGAACCGGCUCUCCCGCGCGGUGGCCCGCGGCGCGCGCCCAGGGAGCCCGCCGAUCCCGGUUCCUGGUCCCGGGGCGCGGUGCCCGGGCCGCCAUGAGCUCUCCGCCACCCGCCCGCAGGGGCUUUUACCGCCAAGAGGUGACUAAGACGGCCUGGGAGGUGCGCGCGGUGUACCAGGACCUGCAGCCCGUGGGCUCGGGUGCCUACGGCGCCGUGUGCUCGGCCGUGGACAGCCGCACGGGCGCCAAGGUGGCCAUCAAGAAGCUGUACCGGCCCUUCCAGUCCGUGCUGUUCGCCAAGCGCGCCUACCGCGAGCUGCGCCUCCUCAAGCACAUGCGCCACGAGAACGUGAUUGGGCUGCUGGACGUGUUCACUCCUGACGAGACCCUGGAUGACUUCACAGACUUCUACCUGGUGAUGCCGUUCAUGGGCACGGACCUGGGCAAGCUGAUGAAGCAUGAGAAGCUGAGUGAGGACCGGAUCCAGUUCCUCGUUUACCAGAUGUUGAAGGGGCUGAAGUAUAUCCAUGCUGCUGGUGUCAUCCAUAGGGACCUGAAGCCUGGCAACCUGGCAGUGAACGAGGACUGUGAGCUGAAGAUCUUGGACUUUGGCCUGGCCAGGCAGGCAGACAGCGAGAUGACCGGAUACGUGGUAACCCGGUGGUACCGGGCACCUGAGGUCAUCUUGAAUUGGAUGCACUACACACAGACAGUGGACAUCUGGUCGGUGGGCUGCAUCAUGGCAGAGAUGAUCACGGGGAAGACGCUGUUCAAGGGCAACGAUCACCUGGACCAGCUGAAGGAGAUCAUGAAGGUGACGGGGACGCCUCCUGCUGAGUUUGUGCAGAGGCUGCAGAGUGAUGAAGCAAAGAACUACAUGAAGGGCCUCCCUGAGUUGGAGAAGAAGGAUUUUGCCUCCAUCCUGACCAAUGCAAGCCCUCUGGCCGUGAGCCUCCUGGAGAGAAUGCUGGUGCUGGAUGCGGAGCGGCGGGUGACGGCGGCCGAGGCGCUGACCCACCCCUACUUCGAGUCGCUGCAGGACACGGAGGACGAACCCAAGGCCCAGAAGUACGACGAGUCCUUUGAUGACAUGGACCGCACGCUGGACGAGUGGAAGCGUGUCACAUAUAAAGAGGUCCUCAGCUUCAAGCCUCCCCGGCAGCUGGGAGCCAAGGUCUCCAAGGAGACAGCCCUGUGAAGAGCCCUGGGCCCUGAGGGUGGCAGCGGGGACACCUUGAGGACCCUGGCUGGGUCUUCCACCUGGCAGGGGAUCCUGGUUACCACUGUGACUGUUGCUAGGGCUUGCAUCCCAGGAAACUCCUCAAUCCAUGGAUCCCCUCCCCCCAGCCUGUUCCCCUGCUCUCAGGCCCCCACCUCAGCCUAACCUUGGAGGAGCAUCUGGACUUUCUGGACAGGAGGCCCACCUGACCUGGGCCUGGCUUCUGACCCUGCCUGCUCUGGACCGUGCUGAGGCCCAGCUCAUGUUGCUGAGAAGGAAGAACAGGGAGGGCGCAGGGCGCUGACUCAGGGACAUCUCUCCUGGGGGGCGGUGGUGUGGAUUCUGCUGCACUGCCAGCCGGGAAUGUAAACUGGCCAUGUGGCACGCCCACAUGGCUGGAAGGAAAUAGACCCUUUUGUAGAGCUCCCA